CCUGGCUAAGUAUUUUCAAAGUCUUGAAAUCUUGUCUGAAAAAUUGAAUUUCUUGCCCUAACAUACACCCCGUACAGAGGCCCAAGUCAAGAACCGCAAACAAAAAGAAAACAUCUGUCUUCUGAUCCAAAAUCCCAAUUUCCCUGCUUUUUUAGAUUCAGCAAAUCUAACAUAAGAUUCCACCUAAAUUCUCUCCAUUUUUGGAUCCAAAAGCUUAAAGAUCUGAAAUUUUACACUUUGCUAAUCCAAAAUAUAUGGCAACAACACACUAACUCAAGCUUCUUCAAUGGCAAGUACCCACAAAGGCAAGUUGUUCUCUUUUCUUUAUUUUAUUUUCAUUUUGGUUGCAGUUUUUAUAAACUACUCUAGGUCAGUCCCAAUUCAACAAGAUCAUGAUGACCACCACUCUCCUUACCAUGAACCUGAGGCUGAAACUAGAGUUGUGUCCAAUCCACAAGAAGUUUUAUUACGCAAACUUGAAGAAUUAGUGAGGAAUCUCAGUGAAGUAGUUGCUAGACUAGAAACAAAGUUAUCCGAGUCAGCCAAAAUAGUGCCACCUACAGCUGGUUUCCGGAAUCAAGAACAACAUAGAGCUAAUCAGAUAAAUUUGGAUGCUAAAAAAUCAGUUGCUAAAGUUCAAGAAGAAGAAAUUGAUGAUAAAAUUCAAGAUAAAGAGAGAGCGAGAGCUGUGCCAGUUACAAAGUAUAGUCCAUUUUGGUCAGAGAGGUUUCAAUUUGUGUCUGCUGUGAAAUUAGAUUCAGAUGCAACUUGUGUUAAUGUUUUGCCUUCUCGUGAUUUUGAGGGUUUUAGUAAGUAUGUUGCUGUUGGGGAUGAUCAAGGUAGAGUCUAUGUGUUCUCGAGGAAUGGGGAUGUUUUGAUUGAGUUUUAUACCAUGUCUAAGUCUCCAGUAACUGCAAUGGUUUCGUACUUAUCAGUUUAUAAGAAUGAGAGUGUUGUGGUGACAGGGCAUCAGAAUGGUGUUGUUUUGGUGCACAAAGUUCAUGAGAUGUUGAAUGGAGAGGAAUGGGGAACCUUAUUCAUGGAAACUGUAGGUAAAUUUGUGCCCUCUGAUCUUGGUGGAGAAGGUUUACCUUUAACUCUUCUAGAAGUACAUCAUGUUGGGAGGUCGAGGUAUAUCUUGUCAUCUGAUGUUGGUGGGAAGAUUCGGAUCCUUAGAGAAAACGGGACAGUUCAUGGUUCUGUUAUCCCAACAAGCAGACCAAUUGCAUUCUUGAAGCAAAGGCUUUUGUUUUUGACCGAGAGUGGUGCAGGAUCAUUGGAUUUAAGGAACAUGAAAGUCAGGGAAUCUGAUUGUGAGGGUUUGAAUCAUUCUCUUGUUCGGAAUUAUGUUUUUGAUGCUACAGAACGGUCUAAAGCUUAUGGAUUUACAUCAGAGGGCAACUUGAUUCAUGUAGUAUUGGUGGGAGAUAUAAUGAACUUCAAAUGCAGGGUUAGAUCCAAAAGAAAGUUUGACAUGGAUGAACCCCUUACAUUACAAGCGAUUAAGGGUUAUUUGCUUGCUGUCAAUGCAGAGAAGGUCUUUGCAUAUAAUGUUUCUACCCAGCAUUACGUUAGAGUAGGAGGACCUCGGCUUCUGUUCUCUGCAGGAUUGGACGAAAUCAGGUCAUCUUUUCUAAAUUACCAAGCAAUGGAUGUACUAACUGAGAGGAGUAGUGUGAUACCCUUAAUGGCUAGUGAUCGUGAAAAGCUUGUUGUUCUUGGUCUCGGGGGUGGAUAUGUGGGAAUGUAUCGCUCUAAUCUUCCAGUAUUUAAAGGAGAAUUUAAUACAAUGCUAUGGACAAGUCCUGUGUUGUUCUUCAUACUCUUUCUGUUUGGAGCAUGGCAAUUUUUUGCAAAGAAGAAGGAAGCACUUACAUCUUGGGGACCUGAUGACCCCUUUAGCUCACCGGCUGCUACAACUGGAGCUUCAUUAGGAUCAAGCUCUGGGGACCGAGCUUUUGCUGAUUCGUCUUCAAGAAGAGAUGAUAUUAUGGAAUUAAGAUCUGGUGGUCUGAGAGGUCCUCCAAGGAGGUACGUUUCUCCUUCGAGGUAUCCAGGGGGAGCAAGCGGCUCCUUUAGGCCAAGCUCUGCAGAUGCUAACUCUAGACCUACUUCUGUGGAUCCUAAUUAUAGACCAUCUUCAGAGCUAAAAUACAGGGGUCCAACUCUGGAACCUACAGGUUUCCCUAAAAGAAGGGAGAAUCUCUAUGUGAACAAUCAAGUUGUUGAUGAUAGCAGUUGAGUUGUAAAACUAAAAUCUGUUUCGUAAAACUUUAACUUCAGCCUUCAGAAGCUGGAAAUCUUCUUAGUUUUUGUCUUUGAACAGUUAAUUUGAAUAUCAGGGAGCCUUGUGAACUUUCAACAAUGUAACUCAAGUUCCUAGUUGCAUGAAAAAGAAUUAGUAAUAAGAAUCUUGCUACUAGGUGAAUCACACUACUUGAACAGAUUCACUAUAUCCACA